CUCAAAGAUAACAUCCAAAAGCGUAGGAAUGAUACCAGUAUAUAAACCCGCAACCGUUUUCAUAUUUUACCAAUUUUGAUUUGUUGAAGCGACAAAGAUUGAAGAUGUUUACUAUUGCCUUGAUCUGUAUUUCUUUGGCUCUGGUUCACAGCCAGAAAACCACCCCCGCGGGUCACACACACCACCCGCACGCCACGCACACCCAACACCCGCACGCCACGCACACCCAACACCCCCACCCGUCACACGGCUUACACACUCAGCACCCACACACCCAACACCCGCACACCCAGCACCCGCACACUACACACGGUCCGCACUCUACACCUGUCCCGAUCACAGACCACACAUUCAGCAGCUCCAAUCCUCUUUGGUUCAUGGACGUCAGCCAUCAUGUACUGGUGAUGAAGACUGACUCGGGUUGUUAUGGGCAACAUAUGACCCCUGAACAAGUGACGCAGGCACACACUGCUGAUGGGCUGUUGAAAUUAGAGAGGGGUCUACUGACGCAUACCGAGCACGCCAAAGCGUUCAUCCACCUUCACUUGAAGGGAAUGUUAAGUGAUGAGAUCAAAAACAGCUUGUCCUACCAUCCUAAGGCCAUUGCAUGAGGAGCAUUAGGGUCUACCAACUUGUUCCAGAUUUUUUUUCCAUACUAUCUAUCCACACAGAUGAAAUAAAUGAAACUUUUUGAA